AUGAGAGGUAAACGGAUGCACAAGGGUAGAACCCGAAAGUUCACGGCUCCAGAGGAAAUAGACCGCCAACUUGGAUUAUCUAGAGGAGUUGACAAUGCAGGAGAAGCUGGUUCCUCUCUGAAUGAAUCACGUGGUAGUAACGUUGAUAAUUUGGAGAGCAAUGAUGAAAGUGAUGAUGAUGAUGGCGAAGACGAAGAUGCAACCGGACGUCACAAAGGUGUUAGUCAUCUAAUUGAAGUUUGCAAUCCUAAUCAUGUGAAAGGUUCAGUUGUUCCUUCACGAAAAGAGAUUGCAGCAUCGGCUAAAGCAAUAGCAGAUCCAUUAAAAUUACAAUCGGAAACAGAAUUAGCCAUUAAUUUGGCACGUCUUCAAUUGGUUCGAAAAGAACGUGAAUUAGCCGCUCAAAAACUUGAAGAAGAAAAACAAGCUCGUGAAGCACAACGUGCAGCUGCUGCUCAACGUGCUGCUGAAGCAAAAGCUCAGUUAGCUAAACAACAAAAAGCCGGACGUAGUGCAGGUAAACAGGCUAUAUCUUCAGCAAAGAGUAAACAGACAGUAACAAGUAAGGACAGUAAUACAACUGUACCGACAAAAAGUGGGUCAUCAGUUGAUUAG